AUGCACCCCUUAAAAACCCAGCGCCCAUCGUCCUCCUCACAAACUCGUCAGUGCUCAUCAGUGAUGGAAUCCUCCGAGGCUUACGGCUACCUCUACAUGCUCACCCCUCAACAGUCGGACUGGUCGCCCACGUCCAACUACGACAGCUACUCCGAGGAGAGCUACCCGAGCACCAGCCCGGAACCCGGAAAAAAGAGCCGAGUCACACCGCUGGUCCUCCGGAAGAGACGACUCGCCGCCAACGCUCGUGAGAGGCGCCGGAUGCAGAACCUCAACCAGGCUUUUGACCGACUCCGGACCUUCCUUCCGCAACUAGGACAAGACCGGCAAUUGUCCAAAUAUGAGACUCUUCAAAUGGCCCAGACCUACAUCACGGCCCUUUACGACCUUCUGGACCAGCGGCCCCAAAACUGAGGUGACGAUUAUUCAAUUACCAUUUCUUGUAGAUGCCAAAGUGUAAAUAAUCUCAUAUUUUUGUACAUAAAUGUUGAUUAGUUGUUAAGUUGUACAAUUAGAAUCAUUGCCAUUGUCAGUAUUACUUGAUACGCUGUGACCAAAAGUGUUAAUUUUUAAGUUUUUUAAUCUUAGGGUUAGA